AUGAGUUCUGUUAUAUAUCAUACUUUUAGAAAUAUUGUUGAUAACUCAAAUUAUAUAUUAACACCUAACAAAUCAGAAGAAAAUAAUUUAAGUACAAAUAUAUCAACAACAACAACUUUUGUUAAUACAAAUAUAUCUCGUAGAUAUAGUAGUACAAGAAGUAAUGAUGUAAAUAACAAUGAUGUAUUUUUUUUAUUUGCUGCAUUAACAACAUUUUUUGGUGCCUGUUGCCUUUUGAUGUCAUUUACAAAUCAUUACUUAAUAAGAAAAGUUAUCAUAUUACGACAACAAAGGAGAAAUUUAGAAAGAAACGAAGAUGGUACAAGACAGGUACCUAUAACAGAAGUUUCUAAAAAUUCCGACAACUCCGAUAUCAGGAAAUCAUAUCUUGAUAAUGUUGAAUAA